AUGGGCGAAUCACGGCAGGAAUUGCUGGCCUGGCUCAAUGGCCUGCUUCAGCUCAACAUCACCAAAGUCGAACAAUGCGGCACGGGUGCUGCCCUAUGCCAACUCUUCGAUUCCAUCUUCCUUGACAUCCCAAUGAGCCGGGUCAAGUUCAAUGUCAACACAGAAUAUGCCUACAUACAAAAUUUCAAGAUUCUACAAAACUGCUUCACCAAACAUGGCAUCGAUCGAACCGUCCCCGUCGAAUCCCUGGUCAAAUGCAAGAUGCAAGACAACCUGGAGUUUUUACAGUGGUCCAAGAGAUUCUGGGAUCAAUACUUCCCGGGUCACGAUUACGACGCGGUGGCGCGGAGGAAGGGAGCUGGGGCGCCAGCAGCGGGAGCAGUUCCAGCCGCUGCAAGAACCAGCACGGGAACGAGUACCACGAGAAAGGUCGGCACUACUCCGGUCAACAGACCAGCACCACGCGCUCUCGGAGGAUCCACCGCCAGUACGACAGCCCUGAAACAAGAGAACGAGCAGUUGAAAGAGGCGAUUGCUGGCCUGGAGAAGGAAAGAGACUUCUACUUCAGCAAACUUCGAGACAUCGAAUUAUUACUCCAGACAGCAGUCGAGCAAGACCCGUCUAUUGAGGAAGACGAAAAUGGGCUGGUGAAAAACAUCCAAACCAUACUCUAUAGCACAGAGGAAGGGUUCGAGAUCCCCGAUGUGGAUGUCAAUGGUGCCGAGGAGCCAGAAACCUUUUAG